AUGCUCCGCCCAGGUUCCGAGGUCGUCGGAUUCCGAGGCCUUCGCGCUACCAAGCGACCCUUUCGGAAGCUGGCAUUUGGCGUGCUCUCGGGAUGGCUGGUCACAGUCGUCCUGUCGGUGUCCAUAUUUGUGGCACUAUAUCUCUAUUCGAACAAGCCCGUCAUGUCGAAGAAGGAGAGACGCGAGUUCAACGCCAUCAUAACCGGAUUGGCGAUUGCUCUUGGCUUGGCGAUUGCUAGCAACCUCAACGGCAUGGUUGGUGACUUGCGGUGGUGGAUUCUAAGCCGUCGAUACAGAUCCCGACGCAAGGUCGAACUGAUUAUGGAAGCCGACAGUAUGCUGCAUGUCAUCACAUUAGCAGCACGAUCUCGCCGUCUCUCAAUUCACGCAGCAGCUUUGCUUUGGCUGUUUUUAAUCAUUGGAGCACAAGUUGGCGUGGCUUCAUUAGGUCUGUGCUAUUCAAACAACACGGCCCAGAAACAUGCCUUGUUGGUUCCCGGGAACGUGUCGAUUCCGGAUAUGUCUAGCCUUCAGACCGCCAGGCUUGUAUCCGACAAGUCUUCAUCACUGAGCGCUCAGCAGUACACGGCAAAUAGCUACGGCACAGUUUCCAUUGCGUAUGACAUGGGGACUAUGGACCAGGUCCCAGGUGCUGGAAUCAUCUGGUUUCCUGGCGACUCGCUCGUGUUUUGCGCAGACACAACGUGUCGCUACGUCUUUCACGAAACGGCUACCGAAUCGAUAUUGAACUCGGCAUCCAACCCCACCACUGUUACCACAUCACGCAGCAUUGAUGCAUCAGCUAUGUGCAACAGCUGGCCUGUUAAAAGUGGUGGCGAUGGCACCGAGACCAACAUCACCGUCAUCACUGACGAGGGCCAGGAGACUGUUUUCAUACCCGUCGCAGGCGGCAUCAACCAGACAACGUUCGUGACCAAUACCUCCGAGUCCUGCGGCGUCGGUUGCAGCUCAAUAUACGCAUUUGAAGCCUCGAGUACUUCGCCAUGGUACUACGAAUGCAACAUUACCGUGGGCAGAGUCGCCAACGCCACUCGCUCAGAGCACAACGUAAGCGCCGACUUGACGACGAUAAUGUCAGGUGCUAUCGCGCUGCAAGGCUACGAAGCCUCGUCCUUGAUCAACGUUACAGACAUUCAGUACCAAGCGUUUCCGGCCGAGUCGAUUUUCGGCACACCGGUCAACGGCAGUGAAGAGAGCCUGUCCUUUCUCCUGGCGCGGUUCACAAUCGGCGUCGUCGCAGCCACCGCGGACAACAACAACGACCUUAGCAUCGACGGGAUGGCACCCGAAGUGGGAAGCGAGCUUGAUGUCACACACUGGAACCUCGUCACUGUGAUUUUGAUUUUACUAGCAGGAUUGCAACUUAUCCUGGGGGUUGCGAGCGCCCUGGUCGCGAACCGUGUCGUGGUGCCCGACGGCGGCGCCGUGGCCGUGACGCAAGUUCUUCGCGCAAUGGCGAGCCAGGACACCAUCGCGUUGCGCGGGGGGAGCACGGGUGAAUCGCUCCAAGGGCCUGGGCGCAAGUGCUUGUGGAUUUAUAGAGAUACAAAAGUCUCAGAGGGUGUGUAUGAUCUUCAUAUGGAGGUGGAUAGUUUCAGCGUGAGGGAAAACAGCGAUCCGGUUGAGAGACCUUCUGCCACGGCGGUUGGGGACGAAUCGGUGUUGAAAAGGGCGGUUGGGCAUGAAAAUACUAAGCAAUCUAAAGGGAAAUAG